AGAUAUAUAGGAUCUUUAAAAAAAUAUAUACAAUCAAUGGCUUCUUCUUCUUCUUCUUCUUCUGCCAUGGCCGCUCUAGCUAUAGUGAUGGUUGUUGCGGUGUGGAAGGGGGCUUGGGCUCAAUCAAACUGCAUGACUGCUAUCGUGAGCCUGUCCCCCUGCAUGAACUAUGUCACCGGCAAUUCAUCAUCGGCGCCGUCCUCGUCCUGUUGCUCCCAGCUCGCUAACGUUGUUCAGUCAACCCCACAAUGUCUUUGCUCCCUGCUCAACGGCGGCGGUUCCUCUUUCGGCAUCAACAUUAAUCAAACGCUCGCCAUGGGCUUGCCUGCCGCCUGCAAAGUUCAGACCCCUCCCGUCAGCCGAUGCAAUGGUGCGAAUGGGCCGAGUUCUUCGGCGGCGGUGCCACCGGCGGCGACUUCUCCGGUGGGCUCUGAAACACCAUCCGAUUCAGAAACCCCCACAACGCCCUCAGGCUCAGGAUCCACAAUCCCUACAUCAGGAUCGAAAACAGUUCCCUCCACAAAUGGGUCCUCAUCGGCCGGAAACAACGUCGGAGUUUCUUUCCAUAUUCUCAGCUUCUUCCUCUUCGCCGCAUCAUGGGCUCUAUCUUCUGCUACAAUCUAAGCCUCCACUACUGUAUCCCAGGAUAGGAUUCUCAUACAAUCCUAAUUCCUAAGCUUUCAUCAUCUGUGGUUUUGUCGUCUUUUUUUUUUUUUUU